CCGGUUUUGAGAGGGUGUGAAUCAUAUUCUUGAUCAUGAGAAUGUGACAUCAACUUUCUCGAGUUGACAGAAUCUUUUUGGGAAGGUGAAUUACGAAAUAUUCGCUUUUACGGAAUCGAUGUUAAUAUAGCAACCACAGCACGUGCUUGAUAUCAACAGACAGUCUACCUGGAAUGAUGGCGGAGACCAAAAGGAAGGCAGAUCUUAAAGUCAUCAUUUUAGGAGACUACAAUGUUGGAAAAACUUCCUUCGUCUGUCGAUACAUAGACGGAACCUUCCAAACUAAGGAACCGACUAUCGGUGCUGCAUUUUUCCUGAAGCAAUGGGGACCUUACAAUAUAGCUGUCUGGGAUACUGCUGGAGAUGAAAGAUACACUGGACUGUCCAACUUUUACUGCAGGAAUGCAGGGGCAGCCAUUUUGGCUUUUGACAUGACCAGUGUCAGCUCCUUCGAAUCGCUAUGGGCCAGGUUUAUUCCACUUUUGGAUUCUGCACUGGAGAACUGUAUCAAAGUCGUUGUUGGAAUGAAAUUGGAUUUGUUGGACAGUGACAGAACAAGGGAGAUAACUAUAGAAGAAGCUACAAAAUUUUCCAGGGAGAUAAAUUCCAAUAUAGACAUAAGUCAUUUACCUAAGGAUCCGUACUUUGAGACAAGUAGUCUGAAGGGAUCUAAUGUGACUGAAGUGUUUGAGUAUAUAUUUAAUCACUGUGUACCUUUAACUGAUGCAGAGAAGCGAGUUGCAGGGAAUACUGGAAUUGUUGAUCUUUCAAAACCUGUUAAUGAUGGCGCAAAAGAUAAGAAAAAGUGCUGCUAAUUCUUGAUAGGUUAUAUACAGGAUGAACAUUGUUGAGGUUACAUUUUGUGUAGGGGAUUCAUAAAGGGUGAACAUGUUCCUUCCAGCACAGGGGCAUGCAACUACUAUUAAUAUCGGUCUUGUUAGACUUUCAGUCGCUGGGUAAGUUGGGAUAUAAGGUACCCAGCGACUGAAAAUCUAACAAGAUCAAUAUUAAUAGUUGCGUACCCCUUUGCUUCAAAUGUAGGGACCCAUAAUAGGCAAGCAUGUCUCUUUUAGGGUUAAAGUCAAUACUGGACAAACAUGUUUUUGGAAGCUUGGGGGCUCCAUACAGGUGAACCAUUAUGCUUUUAGUAUAAGGAUCCACAAAAGGUAAAUAAUGCAACCACUGAAAAACAUGCAUGUUGCUUUAAAAUUGGGUUUCCAUACAGGGCAAAAAUGUAUAUCUAAAUGUCAACCUCAUCAAAUUUAAAAGAAACCAUGAUUGUUUAAAGAUUUGGGUUCCAAAACUUGACAAAUAUUUUGCUUUAAUUGUAGAGCUGAUUAAGUUUAAAGGGAAACAUGUUACUUUAAGAUUUGGGUUCCAAACUUGACAAACAUGUUGCUUUAAGUAUAGAGCUGUUUAUCAUUAGAGGGAAACAUGUGACUCACUGUAUAUGAUUGUGUUGCUUUAAGAAUAAGGCUCCAUAAAGUGCAGACAUAUUGUUUGACGUCUAAGACUUCAUUAUUGACAAAAUUUAUGCCUUAACUGUGGUACUUCUACAUUUACUGGGCACGCUUGUAGAAUUUUCAAAUGCAUCUGAAAUGACCAAGAGUUAUCAGUGUGGAGAGGGAAUAUGCAAGGCCAGACCGGGGUUCGAACACGGAACCCUCCAAAUUCUAGACAGAAGCUCUACAAACUGAGCUACCUGGUCGACGACCAUAUCGUCCCAGUCCAGGUUUGCUUCAUUCCUCCCUCUUCAACAAUGUCUUCAACCCAGAAGACACAAGAGACCCUACACCACCAUAAGAAAGUAAAAUGCACAGCCAGACCGGGGUUUGAACCGUGGACCCUCUGAACUCUAGACCGACACUCUACCAAUAGAGUACCUUGUUCCAAGGCGAUCAAUCCACUCAAGUUCCGCUACAAAUGUAUGAAAUUUUGUACUUAUUUACAUUUCAUAGAUAUAUUGUAAAUGUCACCCCGGUAGAAUACUAUCUGUUUCCUACCAAGGAAAAAUGUUCUUCAGGUCAUUUGGUAGAGAGACAGAUUAGUAAAUCAGAGGCCAUAAGUUUCAUCCCUAGCAGAGGUAUUGAAAAAUAAUGACAUUUGUUCCAUUCAUGCCAAAGGAGGAACUCCAGAAAUAUUGACAAUAAUACUUAGCCUUCCUCUCAAGGCUUUCACGCCUGGAACAUGGGAAUGAGUUCUUCCCUGAAGGGGAAAUGUGUCACCCUAGUAAAAUGCUAUUCCUGCUGACUGAGCCAGGGAGAAUUUUCUCCAAAGCUCAUUCUGCAGAGUGACAGACGAGGGAGCCAGUGGCCUUGUGUUUUAUACUUAGUGGAGUCGUUGAAAAAUAAUUAUAUUACAUAAUAUUUUCAUGAAUUCAUCACAAUUACCAGUCAUAAGAUACAUAUUGACCUGGGUCUAUGUUUGAAACUCUUUUAAGAAGAAGAUAUCAUAUAUGUAGCUUUUAAUAUAUUCUGGUUUGUUUCUGUUUUAUAAAUGAGGUAUAUAAAAACGGUUAUUGAUUUAGGCAGGACCCAUUAAUGCAUUUGUGUUACAUGUAGCUGCUAUGGUUUUUGUCGGAUUAGAAAAAAACAAAUCCAUUUUCUACGCAGACAUUAAUGUUUCUCUCAGUUAACACUGCACAUGUGUUCAGUGUAUGUUUUUCUAUAGUGUUAUCUAUCUAUAUAAAAGGUUGCUGAAACUACCACAUUCCACGUCUAGUAUAAACUUAAUCAAGAUGAUUUUGGUUGUAUCCGUAAGUUGGAACCUGGGAUGAAAGUUAUUGUAAAUGAAGAGCUAAUAGAGUUAAUAAUCGUUAUACAGUAAAACCCUAUUAUACUGCCACCAUUUAUCAAGAAAAGUAUUGGCAUUAUAAGGGGGUCAGUGUUAUAUAAAGGAAGACAUAGAGAUAUUGUUUGAAGAUAUUUACUGCAUAUAUUGAUUAUAUUCAUAUAUGAAAACCACUAUGCUGCCACUGUUUUUCCAGAAAAGUGUUGGCAUUAUAAAGGGGUCAGUGUUAUAUAAAGGAAGACAGGGAUAUUGUUGAAGAUAUUUACUGCAUAUAUUCAUAUAUGGAAACCUCAUUAUACUGCCGCUGUUUAUCCAGAUACAUUUUGGCAUUAUAAGGGGGUUCAGUGUUAAAUCUAGGUAAACAUAGAGGUUUUGUUGAAGAUGAAUGCAUAUAGUCCUGCCUUAAAACCUUGUUAUACUGCUACAAUUCAUCCAGAAAAAAAUGGCAGUAUAAAGGGGUUCAUCAUUAUAUAAAGCAAGACAUAGAGGUAUUGUUGAAGAUGUUUACUGCAUAUAUUCAUAAAUCAAAAACACUCUUUAUACUGCCAUCAUUUGUCAAGAGAAAUUCUGGCAUUAUCAAGUUGUUUGGGGAUAAAUUGAAGGGGAAAAUAAAAAUCUUCAGAAAUAGGAAUUUGAAGUAUGUUGGCAGUAAGUGUGGCAUACAAUAGCACAACUUGUAUUAUAUUGAAGGUUUUAUUUUAGAUUUUUUGAACUAGGAAGCCUUGAAAUGCCAUGGUACUUGAAGGCAAAAAAACUCAAGAAAUUGUGUGUCAGAAUGUCUUGUUUGAAUUCUGUUCCACAUGACAAAGGUAAGAUUUUGUCAAGUGACAUUUCCUAAUUCUUGCCACAAAGAGCAUUAUAUAAAUUUAUCAACACAAUCUUACAUUUUGAAUAAAAUUAAUAUGUAGGUUUUCUUAUUCAAGCGGUUUCUAAUU